GUUGUGACAGAUGUUGGAUCUGUGGAGGGUCUAGCAUAUCAUAGGGCUUGGGAUACUUUGUACUGGACCAGCUCUACUACAUCUUCUAUUACAAGGCACACAGUUGAUCAGAAACGAAGAGGUGCUUUCAACAGAGAAGCAGUAAUAACGAUGUCUGAAGAUGAUCACCCACAUGUAUUAGUCCUUGAUGAAUGCCAAAAUUUAAUGUUUUGGACUAACUGGAAUGAGCAACAUCCAAGCAUCAUGAGAGCUACAUUGUAUGGCAAAAAUGCACAAGUUGUAAUCAGCACUGACCUCUUAACACCAAAUGGACUUGCCAUGGAUCAUAGGGCUGAGAAACUGUAUUUUUCCGAUGGUAGUUUGGGAAAAAUAGAAAGGUGUGAAUAUGAUGGAUCCCACAGAAAUGUGAUAGUCAGAUCUGGACCUGGCACUUUUCUCAGUUUAGCUGUAUACGAUGCUUGGAUCUUCUGGACAGACUGGGUGAGAAGAGCUAUACUGCGAUCCAAUAAAUAUACAGGUGGAGAUACAAAAAUUCUUAGAUCUGAUAUCCCACAUCAACCUAUGGGCAUCAUAGCUGUUGCUAAUGACACUAACAGCUGUGAAUUAUCCCCUUGUGCCCAAAUGAAUGGAGGCUGUCAUGAUUUGUGUCUCCUGACACCUGAUGGGCAUGUUAAUUGUUCAUGCAGGGGUGACCGCAUACUUACAGAUGAUAACAGAUGUGUAUCUAAAAACAUGUCGUGCAAUUUCUACUCUGAAUUUGAAUGUGGAAAUGGUGAGUGCAUUGAUUACCAACUUUCCUGUGAUGGCAUAGCUCAUUGUAAGGACAAGUCUGAUGAGAAAUUAUUGUAUUGUGAAAACAGAAACUGUCGGAAAGGUUUUAAGCCUUGCUUAAAUCGGCGCUGUAUAUCUGCUAAUCAAAUUUGUGAUGGUAAAAAUGAUUGCGGUGACAGUUCUGAUGAAAGUGGUUGUGAAGUUUCUGGAUGUUCUUCUAUGGAAUUCCGCUGUUUAGAUGGAACUUGCAUUCCAAAAUCAGCUCAAUGCAAUCAGAUUGUGGAUUGUUUAGAUGCUUUGGAUGAGAAAAAUUGCAAUAAUACAGAUUGCAAAAAUUUCUAUAAACUUGGAGUGAAAUCUUCAGGAUUUAUUAGCUGUAACUUUACUUCACUUUGUAUACUACCAGAAUGGCUGUGUGAUGGAUCUAAUGAUUGUGGAGACUAUUCAGAUGAAUUAAAAUGCGCAGUUCGAAAUAAGCAUACAUGUGAAGAAAAUUAUUUUGGCUGUCCUAGUGGUAAAUGUAUUCUGAUUUCCUGGGUAUGUGACGGUCAGAAAGAUUGUGAAGAUGGAAGUGAUGAAUUACUCUGUGAUUCCUCCUGUUCAUGGAAUCAGUUUGCUUGUUCUGAACAAAAAUGCAUCUCCAAACAAUGGACUUGUGAUGGGGAAGAUGAUUGUGGAAAUGGUUUGGAUGAAAGUAAAGCUAUUUGUGGCUCAGUAACUUGUGCUCCAGACAUGUUCAGCUGUUUAGAUUCAUAUGCCUGUGUUCCUCAACACUGGCUUUGUGAUGGUGAAAGAGACUGUCCUAAUGGAAGUGAUGAACUUGCUACAGCAGGAUGUGCACCCAGUAAUACUUGUGAUGAAAAUACUUUCACAUGCCACAAUAAAGUCUGCAUUUCUAAACUGUUUGUAUGUGACCACGAUGAUGACUGUGGAGAUAGAUCAGAUGAAUCUCUAGAAUGUGACUAUCGCCAUUGUCAUCCUGGAGAAUUCAUCUGUGCUGAUGGAAGAUGUCUCUUAAAUUCUCAGUGGCAAUGCGAUGGAGACUUUGAUUGUCCAGAUCAUUCAGAUGAGGAUCCUAUUAAUAUAAAAUGCAGAAGUGCAGAGCAGUCAUGCAACAAUUCCUUUUUUAUGUGUAAAAAUGGCAAGUGCAUUCCCCAAGAAGAUGUUUGUGAUGCCAAACAGGAUUGUGGUGAUGGGUCUGAUGAGAGAAAUUGCCACAUAAAUGAAUGUUUGAGUAAGAAAGUUAGUGGCUGUUCUCAAGACUGUCAAGACCUUCCUGUUGGAUACAAGUGUAAAUGUUGGCCUGGUUUCCAUAUGAAGGAGGAUGGCAAAACAUGUGUAGACAUUGAUGAAUGUUCAUCUGGCUUUCCGUGCAGUCAGCAAUGCAUCAAUACAUAUGGGACUUACAAAUGCUUGUGUAUGGAUGGUUAUGAAAUGCAACCUAAUGCUCAGCAAGGCUGCAAAUCCCUUUCAGAUGAAGAGCCAUUCUUAAUUCUGGCUGAUCAUCAUGAAAUACGAAAAAUUAGUACUGAUGGAUCCAACUAUACUUCAAUGAAACAGGGCCUGAAUAAUGUGAUUUCAAUAGACUUCGAUUACAAAGAAGAGUUCAUCUAUUGGAUUGAUUCCAGCAGACCAAAUGGAAGUAGGAUUAACAGAAUGAAUCUGAAUGGGAAUGAUGUCAAGGUAGUUCAUAACACAGCUGUUCCUAAUGCAUUAGCAGUUGACUGGGUUGGAAAGAAUCUCUAUUGGUCUGACACAGAAAAAAGGAUGAUUGAAGUAUCCAAAAUCAAUGGCUUAUAUCCCACUGUUCUUGUGAGCAAAAGGGUGAAGUUUCCUAGAGAUCUCUCUUUAGAUCCUCAAAUUGGGUAUUUGUACUGGAUUGAUUGCUGUGAAUAUCCUCAUAUUGGUCGAGUUGGCAUGGAUGGCUCUAAUCAGACAGUUGUGAUAGAAACACAGAUAUCUAGACCCAUGGCUCUUACAAUAGACUAUGUCAACAGAAGAUUUUACUGGGCUGAUGAAAAUCAUAUUGAAUUUGCUAAUAUGGAUGGCACCCGCAGAAAUAAAGUUCCUAAUCAACAUGUUCUAGGCGUGAUUGCUCUAACAUUAUUUGAAGACUAUAUAUACUGGACAGAUGGAAAAACCAAGACUGUCAAUCGUGCCCACAAAAUCUCUGGAGCAGAUAAAGUAACACUGAUUAACUCAUGGCAUACCAUAACUGAUAUUCAAGUUUAUCAUUCAUUUAGGCAACCUAAUGUGGCUAAACAUACAUGUACAUUACAUAAUGGUGGCUGUAGUCAUCUGUGCCUUCUUGCCCCAAAUAAAACUCACACUUGUGCCUGUCCUACCAAUUUUUACCUCGCAUCAGAUAAUAAGACCUGCUUAUCAAAUUGCACAGCCAGUCAAUUCCGCUGUAGGACAGACAAAUGUAUUCCAUUUUGGUGGAAAUGUGACACUGUGGAUGAUUGUGGAGAUGGAUCAGAUGAACCUGAAGAAUGUCCUGAAUUUAAAUGUCAACCAGGACGUUUUCAAUGUGGAACUGGUCUCUGUGUUUUACCAGCUUUUAUAUGUGAUGGGGAAAAUGAUUGUGGAGAUAGCUCAGAUGAACUUAACUGUGACACACAUGUUUGCCUACCAGGUCAAUUUAAGUGCACCAAGAAUCAGAAAUGUAUCCCAAUAAAUCUCAGGUGUAAUGGACAAGAUAAUUGUGGUGAUGAAGAAGACGAAGGAGAUUGUCCGGAAAACAGCUGUUCUCCUGACCAUUUUCAGUGUAAAACCACAAAGCACUGUAUUUCUAAACUAUGGGUGUGUGAUGAGGAUCCAGACUGUGCUGAUGGAUCUGAUGAAGCAAAUUGUGAUAAAAAGACAUGUGGCCCUCAUGAAUACCAGUGCAAGAAUAGCAACUGCAUUCCAGAUCAUUGGCGAUGUGAUAGUCAAAAUGAUUGUGGUGACAAUUCUGAUGAAGAAAACUGCAAACCACAGACAUGCACUCAGAAGGAUUUUCACUGCUCAAAUGGAGACUGCAUGUCUGCAAGAUUCUGGUGUGAUGGUGAUUAUGACUGUGCAGAUGGUUCAGAUGAGAGAUAUUGUGACUCUGAGUGCUUAAAAGACCAGUUUCAGUGUUCCAAUGGUCAUUGCAUAGCAGCAAAAUGGAAAUGUGAUGGAUAUGAUGACUGCAUACUGGGAGAGGAUGAGAAGAAUUGUGAAUCAGCGCCCCCAACCUGCUCUUCAAGUGAAUAUGUCUGUGCCAAUGGAGGCUGUAUCUCAGCAUCUUUUAGAUGCAACGGAGAAUAUGAUUGUCCUGAUGGUUCCGAUGAAAUGCACUGUGUAACAGAAUGUAAAGAAGACCAAUUUCAAUGUAAAAAUAAAGCAUACUGUAUACCUAUCCGAUGGCUUUGUGAUGGAAUUCAAGAUUGUGUGGACAACAGUGAUGAACUAAAUUGUGACAGAGGGAGGAACAUAUGUAGAGCAGAUGAAUUCCUUUGCAACAAUUCACUCUGUAAACUCUACUUUUGGGUUUGUGAUGGAGAAGAUGAUUGUGGAGAUAACUCAGAUGAAUUUCCUGAAAUAUGUCUAAAUUUUCCAUGCCCUCCAACCAGGCCAUACCGAUGCAGAAAUAAUCAUGUUUGUUUGAGACAUGAGCAAAUUUGUAAUGGAAUUGAUGACUGUGGUGAUGAUUCAGAUGAAGAUCAUUGUGACAGAACUACAUAUAAAGCCAGACCUUGUAAAAAGAAUGAGUUUGCAUGUAGUAAUAAGAAGUGCAUACCUAUGGCACUAGAAUGUGAUCAGUUUGAUGACUGUGGAGAUGGUUCAGAUGAACAAGGCUGUAAAACAAGCUUGACUGAAUACAACUGUGAAAAUAAUGUGAAUCCUUGUGGUGAUGAUGCAUAUUGUAAUAAAACCAAAACAUCAAUUUUCUGCCAAUGUAAGCCUGGAUUUCAGAGGAAUAGGAGAAACUGGCAAUGUGAAGAUAUCAAUGAAUGUCUAAUAUUUGGCAUCUGCUCCCAGCUCUGUAUCAAUGUAAAAGGGUCAUAUAAAUGUACUUGUGAAAAGAACUAUAAAGAGAAAAACAGUAGCUGCAUUGCAAAAGGCUCUGAAGAUCAAGUUCUCUACAUUGCUAAUGACACUGAUAUCCUGGGUUUUGUAUAUCCAUUCAACUACAGUGAUGUUCAUCAACAGAUUACUCACAUUGAACAUAACUCAAGAAUAACUGGAAUGGAUCUGUAUUAUCAAGGGGAAAUUAUUAUUUGGAGUACUCAAUUUAAUCCAGGAGGCAUUUUCUAUAAAAAGGUCAAUGGGGGAGAAAGACGACAAAGCAGUAGCGGUGUGAUAUGUCCUGAAUUCAAACGCCCUAGAGACAUUGCAGUUGACUGGAUAGCUGGAAACAUUUACUGGACUGAUCAUUCCAGAAUGCAUUGGUUUAGUUAUUAUACAACUCAUUGGACAAGUUUAAGAUAUUCCAUCAAUGUGGGACAAAUAAGUGGACCAAACUGUACAAGACUCCUUACAAAUAUGGCAGGAGAACCAUAUGCAAUUGCCGUAAAUCCUCUGAAAGGCAUGAUGUAUUGGACUGUAAUUGGAGAUCGUUCUCAUAUAGAAGAAGCAGCGAUGGAUGGUACUUUGAGGAGGAUAAUUGUACAAAAAAAUGUACAAAGACCAACAGGUCUAGCAGUUGAUAACUUCAGUCAACGCUUGUUCUGGGCUGAUUUUGAAUUAUCAGUAAUUGGCAGUAUUCGUUUUGAUGGCUCUGAUUCAGUUAUAUGCAUUGGCAGCAAACAAGGCUUACUACAUCCUCAUAGAAUUGAUAUUUUUGAGAACUAUAUAUAUGGAGCUGGACCUAAAAAUGGUGCAUUUAGAGUGCAAAAAUUUGGCCAUGGUACUGUAGAAUAUUUGAACUUGGAGACUGAUAAAACAAAAAGUACCUUGAUUUCACAUCGCUACAAACAAAUACACUCUCUCAAUCCUUGUCUGCAGUUAACCUGUGAGUUCCUGUGUUUACUCAAUCCUUCAGGUGCAGCUUGCAUAUGUCCAGAAGGAAAGGCAAUGUUUAAUGGAAAAUGCAGUGAUUUGAACAUAUUAGAUGAGACUUGUAAGCUGGCUUGUGAAAAUGGAGGUAGAUGUGUUAUAAAUGAAAAAGGUGACCAAAGAUGUUAUUGUUGGCCAAGUUAUUCAGGAGACAGAUGUGAAAUUAACCAUUGUAACAAUUAUUGUCAGAAUGGAGGAACAUGCAUAGCUUCAGUUCUUGGAAGACCUGCAUGCAUUUGUACACUGGGGUUUACAGGUCCAAAUUGCAAUAAAACAGUCUGUGAUCAUUUUUGUCAGAAUGGAGGAACGUGCACUGUUACUGCUGGAAAUCAGCCCCACUGUCAAUGUCAGCCUAAACAUACAGGGGACCGAUGUCAAGAUUAUAUUUGCCACCAUUAUUGUGUUAAUUCUGAAUCUUGCAUCAUUGCUGAUGAUGGCAAUGUAGAAUGUUUCUGUCCUCUACAAUAUGAAGGCACAAAAUGUGAAACAGACAAAUGUGUAAAAUGUCAUGGAGGUCAGUGCAUCAUAGACAAGAAAAACGAUGACAUAAUGUGCAACUGCACAAAUGGAAAAAUUGCAUCCAGCUGCCAAUUAUGUGAUGGCUAUUGCUACAAUGGUGCGACUUGCCAAUUGGAUAUAGAGACAAAUAUACCUGUCUGUCUAUGCUCUGUGGGGUUUAAAAAUCAGCGCUGUGACCAGAAAGUGAACCCUUGUGAUUACUACUGUCAGAAUGAGGGAAUUUGCACUUUAACUGCGUUUAAUGAACCGAGAUGCAAAUGCCCUACAAACUGGUCAGGUACUCAGUGUGAAAGACCAGCUCCUAAGAGCAGCAAAUCUGAUAAUAUCAGCACAAGAAGUAUUGCAAUCAUUGUUCCUCUGGUCCUCUUGGUGACCUUGACUACUACUUUGGUAAUAGGUUUGCUUCUCUGUAAAAGAAAACGAAGGACAAAAACCAUCCGACGACAACCAAUAAUAAAUGGAGGACUCAGUGUAGAAAUUGGAAACCCAUCAUACAACAUGUAUGAAGUGGGGCAUAAUCACAGUGAGAGGAGUCUUUCAGAGUUCACAUUAAACCCAGAAAAGGGCAGAUACAUAGGGAGAGGUCCCACAGUCUUCAAGCUCCCCCAUACGGCACCACCCAUCUACUUAAACUCUGAUCUGAAAGGACCUCUAACAGCAGGGCCAACAAACUAUUCGAAUCCAGUGUAUGCAAAGUUAUACAUGGAUGGGCAGAAUUGCCGAAACUCCUUAGCAAGCAUGGAUGAAAGGAAAGAACUUCUUCCAAAGAAAAUAGAUAUUGGCAUAAGGGAGACUGUGGCAUAAUCAUUGUAAUCUUUUGUAUACUGUAUAAAUGUAUAAAAUAUAAGGAUUACUUUUCUAUGUACCAACGGUAUUAUAAUUGUUUUGGCAUCAGCAUUACCUCUGGAUAUUUUUUCAAUUUGGUUGGUGGUUAUCUGGGUCUUUCUUUUGCUGAUGACUUGACUGACCAUUUGUAUGGUAUUUUUAUGAAGAAAAAAACUGCACUACAGUACAAUUUGCAACAAUGCUGCUGAUAUAACACACACUGAAUUUGUUAAAAAUUUGAAAAAAUCCUUUGUAGUGUGAAUAUGGGCAAUCUAUUUUGUAUGAAUUUUUUCCUUUGGUUUUACUUAAUCUACUGAAGACAAUAUCUGCACUUUUCCAUUAUAUGGUCUGAAGGCUGUAGUACAGUGUGUGAAUUUGUUUUUGUUUCAGAUAGUGGAAGUAUGAUUGGGUUGUUUACUCUCUUCGUGCUCAUUAGAAAUUCACUUCAGAACCUUAAAACUAUAGAGGAGCUAAUUUCACAAUCAAACAUAACUUGCUUUUCCAAUUAGCUUUAGGUUGCAAAGAAGCUAUGAGUACUAUAGAAAACAUCUAAUGGUCUGCAUGAGCACAGAUUAUUCCGUUUUGGAGAUUCAGUGAUUGUCCAAGCUAUACUAAACAUAUAUACCAUGUAAAAAUAAUUCAUAUUUAGUAAAAUCUUAGUGAACUUAGUGAUAUACCACUUGCAAGUGGUGAGACCUUAACAGAUGUGUGAAAAGGCCUCUUCUGCAAUCCUAAGAGGGCGUCACCAAGACUGCACAUAAGUUUAUGCAUUUCUUUAAUCAGUCACAGGCACACUUUGUGUAUGAUGAGUUUCCAUAUUUUGUCAGGAGAGCAAAAAGCCAUAAGCACACACAUGGAGAACCAGAUUCUUAGGAGGAGGGAGGAAACUCAACCCUUUCAGAGAAACAUUACAGCAAACAAGUUUUCAUUCUUUUGUAUCAAUCAACACAUUAUUUAAAAGCAAGUGUGGAUAAAUUUUAAAAUUUCUUCAACAAACCUCAAGCUCACAUUCUCAAUAAUGGAGAGUGUAAAAAUGUAAUCAAUUUCCAGCACUUUCUCUGGUAUUAGCUUAUUUUAUGUUGUUAUGAAGAAUAAAAAGAAAAAAAACAAAAUAAAUACAACAUUUGCCUUUUUUUAAUUUGGCACAAAGAUGUCAUGCAAUUUGUUUAACCACCCAUGGAAUCUUUUCUAAACAACUUUAAGGCACAAAAUAUUUCUCACACUGGCAUUCAAAGAACUAGAGGACUUUUCAUUCCUCGGCUACAUGUUGCUGAUUUUAGCUGUCAUGGUCUAUUAAUCUAACAGAUUAAAUACAUUUGUGGUGGCUCUAUUCCCUUUGUACAAACAUUGCAAAAAAUAACACCUGUUUUAUAAGAGAUUUUUUGUUGUAUUCUGUGCAUGCAUACUACCUAUUUCUAAACUUUGCCAU